UUUUCUCUGGAAGCGGUCGCCGAGCAUGCUUCAUCCCGGCACCAGGCAGUGCCUAUCGCAAUAACACGCAUGUCGCACGUCGUCGUAUCCUGGUGUAGCUAGAUACCCUGGUGUUUGCUCGUGUCACCUUGAAAGAGCCGGCGAUGUUCGCUUCCCGCGCGAUGGUGAUCAACGUCGUCCUCGCGCAACUUCGAUGAUCAUCGUCAGCUGUUGAAGUCUUCCUCGACCCGAAGUAUCAUAAUUAUGCGGCGAUACCGCGAGGGAUAAAAGAAGAAGAUAUCAGAAGUGACAUUGGAAGCCUUUUGGUUCCUCGACAUCAUCCGAUUGAGCUUGGUAGAAAACAAGAUAAGGCUGAAGAGGAGGAUCUGGAAGGAAGGUCAUGAUACCAGGGGACGUCCGAACUCCCGAGGACUGCUCUUCGUCGUCGUAGGACGGAUCGCACGAUGUUAUCGCAGGCAUUUGACUGGCGUGGGUGCUACUGGGUUCCUCCUCCGCUCUGAAACCGAGGUCGUCAGGUGUGGGAGGGUGCAGGGGUUGCUCGAGACUGACGCAGAUCGCACAUCGUUAUAGGAUGCCGAAGCCAUUUCAAAACCUGCUCGUCUUAACGUUGAUGAUGACGGCGUCAUGUCUCGAGGUGACGGAGAACAACACCACGACGACGACGACGACGGAGACGUCUACGUUGACGAGUACUUCCGGAACAACGAUGACAAUCGCCGCAAUCGAAGAAAAUACAUCGCCGUCAUCCUCGUCUUCUUCUCCUUCUGACGCAGCCUGGGAGUGUCCGAAUAUUACAAAAGCAGGCGUGGAAUGUUCCUGCGACUUUCCACACACGCUGAGAUGCACCGGGGAUCGAACGGCCCUGCAGAUCAUUAGUGAGCACUUGAAACGUAGUCGACCAGACACGAUAUCGCUGCUGGACGUGACCGUGACAGGGAUCUCCGUGUUGCCGGCGCGCUUCUUCGAAGGCGUCGCCCUUCACGGCCUAGUCGUCUCCACCGGCGAGCUGAAACGCGUCCACGAAAACGCGUUCACGGCGUUGGCGAGGCCGUUGCAGGCUCUUGGACUGCCCAACAAUCUCCUGGACUCGGUUCCCACGACGGCGCUAGCGCAUCUGGUCGGUCUGGAUCGCCUGGACCUGUCCCACAACAAGUUGAAGACGUUAGAGGCGGACUCGUUCAAAGGUUUGUCGAGUCUGACUUAUCUGGACUUGUGCAACAAUCUACUGUCGCAAUUGUCGCCGCAAGUCUUCCUGGCGUUGCCGGUGCUGCGUUCGUUGAGAAUGUGCGGAAACCGUCUAAGCGUCUCCGCGCUAUCCGCUCUGAGAGGUCUGAAACGUCUGGAGGAACUGGAUCUGUCAAGCAAUUUACUACUGGGUCCGAUGAGUCCCAAUCUGCUGCCGCAAAUGCCCAGACUGCACUUCCUCACUGUAUCGGAGAACAGUCUCGUCAACGUUCAGCAGGGUGCUCUCAUGGGUCUCAAGAAUCUCACUUAUCUCAGCCUAAGUCACAAUCAGAUCGAUGUGCUGGAGGAUCAUUCGUUCAAAUACCUAUCGACCCUGACGCGGUUGGAUCUGGCGAACAAUCGCAUCGUCGCGGUAUCCAGCGCCUCCUUGGCGCAUCUGGAGAAGCUUGUCACCCUGGAUCUGACGCACAACUUCUUGCGAGCGUUGACGGCCGAUCUGGUGGUGCCGCUGAAGAGUCUCCAGGACUUACGGCUCGAUGACAACGAGAUCACGAUCGUGGCGAGCGACGUGCCGACGUCGAAGCUGCGUCUGAAGCGGCUCUCCCUCGCGGACAACCCGCUGAACUGCGACUGCACCCUGCUGGAGUUUGCCAACUGGCUCACCAACUCCAGCCUGAUGGAGGAGGACAAGUCGUCGGCGGUCUGCGCGACCCCUCCCGCUCUGGAGAACGGGGUCCUGACUCAGGUACCGCCCGGCAGUCUGCUCUGCGGCGAACCCACGCCGCCCAUAAUGACCCGGGUGCCCCUGGGGGACCAGCUGAGUCUCAAGGAGUUCCGUUACGACGAGUCGACCGGCAUCAACCUGCUCUGGCACUUGGAGCAGUGCACCGAGCAUUACACCUGCGACUCGCUCAUCGUUUACGAGACCGUCGACGACAGCGAGAUCCGGACGGACUCCAGCCCGUUGCACUGCGACUCCAGGAUGAUGCGAGAUCCAUGCACCCUGCCGGUCGCCAUCCCGGCCUCCGUGCACCUGAAAUUAGGCCACAAGUAUCGUUACUGCCUGGUCCUGCUGAUACCCACGACUUACGACGACAUGUCCUUAGGUCUAGGCUGCAGCGACAUCCUCGUCCUGGAGGAGACUCUGAAGAGGCGGAAGAUAGCUGCAGAAGAGCACGCGUCGAGCGAAGAAGAUCAUCAUCGUCCCUCGGUAUCCUCGACGCAGUCGCCCCUGGACUCUUAUCCGCGGAUCACCGGCGUCCACGUGAACGUAUCCGACAAGGGAUACCUACACGUAGACGUGGUUCUUUCCAGGACAAAGGAGACGGCUAUCGCAGCCUCCUGUCAGCUGUCGGUCGUCGUGUUUGACGCGAUAUCCGCGAUUCAUCGGCAGAGGCUCAAUUGCAGCCGCGCCUUCAUCGCCGACGUGCAGGUCUCGUGGCCGAGUUACUACAGGGUGUGCGCCACCUUGGACGAGCUCGCCAACGUGACCUUCGUCGCUUCGUCCGGCGACUUGGUGGACGAUCGCGAGAGGUUUCGCUGCGUCGACGUGGUGGAGCACAGCUAUGGUAGACAGAAUGCAGAGGUGUUCGUGGCGAUGGCCGUCGUCGCAGUCACCGGCGUCUUCCUCAUCGUCCUCGCCGUUCUUGGUAGGAGCCUCGUUAAGCGGCUGCGGCAUCCCAGGAUCCCGGCGCAGUGCUUCCUGCCGGCUCAGGAAUUCGAGAUCACCCACAAGGCGCAUUAUAUCAAGCUUCUGGCCACGACGAAGGUUUAACCAGGAUAUCGUCGAUAAAUAUCU